AAUUAAAAAAUUAUGAUAAAAUAACAAAUAAUUUUCCAGGUGGAUUACAUCAAUUUGUUCGUAUUGUAUCAUUAUAUGAUGAACAUUCUUUUGAACAUGAAUUUUUUCUUCGAAUUUCUCAAUCAUUUCCAUAUAUGGAAAAGUUAACUGUAAUUAAUCGAACACAACAAAUUAAUAAACAAUGUAGAAAAUCAAAAAAUCAAAAUCAAAAAUUUUCAAUUAUUAAAUAUCCUAAUCUUAUCGAACUUGACCUUCAUCGAACUCACAAAGAUUAUCAUAGACAAUUUUUAUUUGAUAUUAUAACAUGCUUACCAGAUAAUGGUUAUGUUUGUAUGGAUUAUCGACUAACGAAAAAAGUAACACAUAAUUUCAGAAGAAAUAUUACACGAAAUAAUUGUUCGAAAAUAGGCAACGUAUUUUUUUAUUAUAAAUCAAAAUUUCCUGAACAUUUAAAAGACUAUUUUCCACGUGCACGUAUAGCUUGA